AUGUGCUCUCCCUCCCUUUCCUCUGAGAAUGGGUCAAGUUCAUCCCAGAAGCCUCUCAAGUCUGAAUUUUUCACAUUCUCCUUAACUGACAAAGAAACGAAUGCCACGCGUUUCGGGCUGUGCUUAAAUUUUCUUCGUCCCAUACCCAGAAGAAAACGUCCCUCUUUGAAUAAGCGUACUUCUCGACACACUUCGACUCAAGACUCUGGGAGCAGAUUACCAUCUACCUCUAACGAACAUUCAGUCAGUACCAAGAAACACAGUCAGUCCGACACUUCCAGCUCCUCGGACUCCGAAGACUCUGCGAGUUUGGUUGACCGACCUGAUCGCCCCUACACGCACACACUUACAUCUCUUUGCAUCGUUUCCCACUAUCCCUUCUGCAGAAAAUUCGAACAUUGCCUGCUUUUUAUAUACAAUCUUAUCCAGAAGCUUCAUGAAAGUUGCCGUCCUCGAUUCGCAGGAAGACAAACCGUUUGGUCAGCAAUUACAGGAGGAACCAUAAAUAUAUCUCAUCCGGCUGUUCGAAAAAGCAUAGACGAAAUUGACACAUGGAUUCUGCGCUUACUGAGUACGCCAUCUCCGAUUGCCGGCAGAACUUGUGUCAAGGUAUUUUUGGAGCCUUCAGAGUUCGGCGAGCCUGUGAUAUUUGCACUUCCAGACAAAAAUCGUUUCUCCCUGGUCGAUUUUCCUCUCCACCUUCCUCUACAGCUUUUAGGCGUCCAGAAAUUCCUAAAAGUGCUGUUUGCUGUCCUCCUGGAACAGAAGGUUCUGCUCCAGUCUUCCCACUGCAGUCGGCUGACAGCCUGCGUCAUGUCAUUGAUCGCACUCUUGUACCCCCUGCAGUACCUCUUUGCCGCCAUUCCGUUGUUGCCGUCAUCCUUAUAUGGAGCUGAACAGCUCCUUCAAGCACCAUCACCUUACAUUAUUGGUCUACCACGAAGUUUUCUUGACUCACGCUUCUCCUUCAAACUUCCAAGAGAUGUCCUCCUUGUGGACUUGGACACUCAAGAGUUCUACGGUACGACCGCCCAGGACACAAUCCCAAAAAUGCCAGUCGUUGAGGAGAAGGCUCUGAUGGAAAAUCUAAACAAGAUUCUACAAAGAGCCGAGGCUCUGGAUGCUCUAGAUGAUAAUCUGGAACUGGACAGCGUCAAGCCCCAGAGCUCAGAGCCGUUGGACUCUCAUGAAGGAUUUGAUCCUCUGUCAUUUGAAGCCAACCAGGACUCUAUCAACGUUGCCAUCAGGGUAGCUAUGGUCCUCUUCUUCCAUUCACCCAAUAUUCUGGGCGGCUUAACGGAGUUUACACGCACUGUGCGCAUGUAUCCGAGGCCGGUGGUCGCCUUUCAGUAUGAACGCUUCAUGAAAUCACGACUGGAGCCGUCACCUUUUACCAUCGUCGUGGCCAAAACACAGGCUGUUGAGUACUUUGCUGAGUGGUCCCUCUUUCCGGAAAAUGAGGUCUACCGUAGAAUUGCCAGUGGUGUCUAUGCGAUCUUAGUGGGAGUCUUGGGGAUAGCCAGUCAGAUACCGACGGAAGCAGUACAAGCAAUGAAGUCGCCAAUGACCAAAAUCCUCGAUCCGGUGGUGAGUGUUGUAUUCUAUUUUCCGCCUAUUCUCAAUCACUCAGCGAAUGUUGUAUCUAUUCCAUACGGUACUAUUAAGCAAAAAUAG